AUGGAAGCCGCCCGUGCAGAAGCGCCUGCGCCUGUGACCGCGGCUCCGACACAGCCGCCGGCCAAGAAGGGUCGGCGAGGGAAGAAGAGCGCCGAGGACGACGAGGCGAGCACGAAGCGGCGAUGCAUCUCCAGCGCCUGUGUGCCCUGCAGGAAGAGGAAGAGCAAGUGCGACGGGACCACCCCGGCCUGCUCCGCCUGCGCCGCCGUAUACAACACCGAAUGCAUCUACGACCCCAACUCGGACCACCGCCGCAAGGGCGUCUACAAGAAGGACAUGGACAACCUCAAGACGCGCAACUCGACCCUCCAGACGCUGAUCCAGGCCAUCCUCAACUACCCCGAGGAAGACGUCGCCGGCCUCGUGCACCAGAUACGGACCUGCGAGAGCCUCGACUCGGUCGCCGAGGCCAUCAUCGCGCGCGAGAACGGCGACGAGGACGAGGAUGAGCCCGUCAGCCCUUUCUCCACCCCCGCCGUAACCCCCAACGAGCCCACGUUCGAGAGCCAGCUGAGCGGCAGGAUGGGCGAGCUGAGACUCGAGCACGGCUCCACCCGCUACAUCGGCGGCACCUCGCACCUCAUCUACCUGGGCCAGCACAACGAGGCCGCCGGCUCGCCUGACCCGUAUGCUGACGAGCAGUACCCGCAGCUCGAGGACCCCUACUGCAGCUGGACCACCGUCACGUCCGACCCGGAGCUCGUCCAGCACCUCAUCCGCAUGUACUUUUGCUGGCACUACAGCUUCUUCGCCACCCUCUCCAAGGACUUGUUUCUGCACGAGUUCCAGGCCGGCAAGCCGCCGCCAGGCUCGCCUAGGAAGAUGCAGUACUGCACCCCGUUGCUGGUCAACGCCAUGCUGGCCCUGGGCUGUCACUUCACUUCUCUGCCCGGCGCACGCGCUGUGCGCGAUGACUCGGCCACGGCCGGAGACCACUUCUUCCGCGAGGCCAAGCGCCUGAUCAUGGCAGAGGACCUGCACGAGGUCCCUGCUCUGCCAACUGUCCAGGCGCUAGCCCUGAUGUCGGUGCGCGAGGCUGGCUGCGGGAGAGAGGCAAAGGGCUGGGUCUACAGCGGCAUGUCGUUCCGCAUGGCCUGCGACCUCGGUCUCAAUCUCGGCAUGCACAGCCAGGACGCCAUCGACGAGACGGAAGAAGACGCACGGCGCAUCACCUUCUGGGGCUGCUUCCUGUUCGACAAGUGCUGGAGCAACUACCUCGGCCGCAUGCCGCAGCUGGCCAACAACAUCAUCACGGUGCCCAAGUUCGACGUCUUUCCUGGCGAGGAUGCCGAGACGUGGAGCGCCUACACCGAUUCAGGCAUCAGCCAGGCGCACUCGCAACCUUCGAGGACGAGGGCCGUUGCGCUGCAGAUAUCGAAACUGUGCGAGAUCUCGAGCGACCUGAUGCAGUUCUUCUACAACCCAAUCGACAUGGACAAGGCAAAGGGGAAACAAGCCGAGCUGAAGAAGCUCAGUGAAAUACACAUGCGUCUGGAAACAUGGAGGAGAGAGCUGCCCAAGGAGCUGGAACCCAAAGAAGGCGGACUGCCGCACAUGCUUGUCAUGCACAUGUUCUUCCAGCUGCUCUACAUCCACCUCUUCCGGCCCUUUUUGAAAUACAACCCGGACAACUCGCCCCUGCCUCCCAAUGUCUCGCCUCGGAAGCAGUGCACCCAAGCCGCAGCCAUGAUAUCCAAGCUCCUGCGCCUGUACAAGCGCUCGCACGGCCUGCGCCAGAUCUGCAACAUCUGCGUUUACAUUGCACACUCGGCGUGCACCAUCCAUCUCCUCAAUCUCCCUGAAAAGAACGCCAAACGCGACAUCAUCCACGGCGUCAAGCAUCUGGAGGAGAUUGCUGAAGGCUGGCUCUGCGCACGGCGCACCUUGGGCAUCUUGAGCGUCUUGACCAAGAGGUGGAAAGUCGAGCUCCCGGAAGAAGCUGCAGCGGUGCUUGCACGAACGGACGAGAAGUUCGGACCCUGGAACGAAAUCAGCACACCCAAAGCUGUGCGAGCCGAGCCGGUGGUGGUGCGAGAUGCCCAGCCAACCAGCCCGACGCAAAAGUUCAGCCCGAGUCUGCAGCCGUAUAGCAUGAGCAUCGCGGACAUUGCCACGCCCAACUUCCUGAGCAGAACACCGGCCUCGACAAGCAGCGCUGCCGCCGCCGCCGCCUACGUAAGCCAACCUCUACCCUACGCCCGCCCCAGCACCUCGUCCUUUGGCCGCGACCCGGCCUCCGUCCCCCCGACCGACCUCACUCACACACGCCUCCAGCGCCACCCCUCGGACCCCAUGAACCACGCCACGCCCAACCAGAGCGCGCACACGCCCGCGACGCCCGCGUCGACACAAGCGCGGCAGUCUCUGGACGGCGGUCUGUCGUCUGCAGGCGCGUCGCCCAGCCAGCUGUUCGGCGGGGUGGACCAGCUGAUGCGCGAGGGCCAAGACUGGAUGUUCCGCGACCAAACGCAGCUAGCGUCCGGCUUUGACAACUGGAGCAACAGCCAGAAUCUCGACGACAUGGCCAGCUGGUUCGCGAGCACCGCGGGCGUGCAGCAGCAGCAGCAGCAGCAGCAGCAGCAGUCGAAUGGGAAUAGUCUCGUCAACGGUGGGCCCGUCCCGGGGUACAACGUCAAUGGGGUUCCCAACGUCAACGUCAACGGCAGUGCUAAUCACGGCGGCCAUGCGAAUGCGAAUACCAAUGCGAAUGGAGGCGUAGGUGUAGGUGUAAAUGCGAAUGGGAACAUGAACAUGAAUGUGAAUAUGGGCGGGAUGCAAGGCUUCACGUACGACGAGCAGAGUUGGUACGACUAUCAGUAG